UAAGAAGCUGUAAUCUAAUAUACUUUUAAGGAAUUUAAUGAAUGGCACCUUUUAAAAUGAAGAAACAUGGUAAUAAUUUCAAAAGGUAAGCAAAAGAAGAAGUUUUUCCACUGAAACAGGGACAGCAGCAGCAGCAGCAGCUCCAAGACUGUAAGAAGCUGUGAUCUAAUAUACUUUUAAGGAAUUUAAAGGCACCUUUAAAAAAUGAAGAAACAUGGUAAUAAUUUCAAAAGGUAAGUGAGUUUUAUGGUGGAUGGUGAAACUAGUCAUUGAAAACACUCUGGGAUGCCAUUAUAUUUGCAUAAAAAUAAAACAUCUCAAAAAGUGGCACAAAGAUGUGGCUGCAUCACAACUUUUCCAUGGAUUUUGGCCUUUUUUACGCACUCCAGGAUUAAUGUGCAACAGUAUUACUUCAUGAAGGAUUACCUUUUAUUAAACUAAACAUGUCUGUGAACCAGGUGCAUACAGACACAGAGCAGUCUGCAGAGUACUCGGUGGAGUACUCAGUGCAGGUUCCCAGUGAUCCGGGUCACGGUGCGGCUCUGACGCGUGACGUCACCGUGCUCCAGUCCGGCUGCUGCCCGUGUCUGCCGCGCGCGGUGCGCCUCACCUUUGCGCCUGAAUCACUGGAGAGAAUUUACCAGAACUACUUCCGCCGACAGAGACAGGAGAACCUGCUCCUGUUGGCGCUGUUCGCCGCCUUCUUCAACAGCUUCAUCAUCAUAAUGUGCGCGGUGGUGUACACUCCGGACAAGCUGGCCAUGGUGGUGGUUGCCGCGGUGGCGGUUGCCGCGGACGCGGUGCUUUACGCGCUGUGCCGCCUGCAGAAGCUGCCCGCGUCGCCGGUGUGGCGCGGAGCGGUGCCGUACAUACUGUGGCUGAUGGUCAACGUUCACGUGUUGUGUUACAUGCGUCUGAACUACGAGCGUUUCCUCCAGGCCAGUGACUCUGUGGGCUGGCAGGCCUUCUUCAGCUUCUCCAGCUUCCUGACGCUCCCGCUGAACCUGGUGCCGCUGCUGCUGCUCACCGCGCUCUCUUGCGGGAUACACACCCUGGUGCUGGGGGUCACCGUGGCGCAGGUCGAGGAUGAGCUGCAGGGGCCCAUGCUGGUCAGACAGCUCCUAGCCAACGUGAUGCUGUACCUGUGUGCGGCCACGGUGGGGGUGAUGUCGUACUACAUGGCGGACAGGAAGUACAGGACGGCUUUUCUGGAGGCCCGUCAGUCAUUAGAGGUCAAACUCACGCUGGAGGAGCAGAGCACCCAGCAGGAGGAACUGUUACUGUCCAUCCUGCCCAAACACAUCGCUGAUGAGAUGCUGCAGGGGAUGAAGAACCAGGCCGAUCAGAACGAGGUCCAGCAGCAGCAGCAGCAGUUCAACACCAUGUACAUGUACCGCCAUGAAAACGUCAGCAUCCUGUUUGCUGACAUCGUGGGCUUCACCCAGCUGUCCUCAGCCUGUAGCGCCCAGGAGCUCGUAAAGCUGCUCAAUGAACUGUUCGCCCGCUUCGAUAAAUUGGCAGAAGAUCAUCACCAGCUGAGGAUUAAGAUCCUCGGAGACUGUUACUACUGCAUCUGUGGUCUUCCUGACUUCAGAGAUGACCACGCCGCAUGCUCCAUAAUGAUGGGCCUAGCGAUGGUAGACGCCAUCUCGUACGUGCGAGAGAAGACUAAAACCGAUGUGGACAUGCGCGUGGGCGUUCACACGGGCACCGUGCUGGGAGGAGUGCUCGGGCAGAAGAGGUGGCAGUUUGAUGUUUGGUCCACAGACGUCACUGUGGCUAAUAAGAUGGAAUCUGGGGGGAUUCCUGGGAAAGUGCAUAUUUCCCAGACCACCAAGGACAGUCUACAUGGGGAAUUUGAGCUGGAGCCGGGGACUGGUGGGGACAGGUGCGAGUACCUGCUGGAGAAAGGCAUCGACACGUACUUGGUUCUGGCACCUCAACAGGUGGUGAACGGGCUCAGUGGAAAUAAACCCGGCACAUUGUCCAACAGAAAUUCAAACCAGUUGAUCAACACUACAGCAACCAAUGGGAACGCAGCCUCACCCCAAUCCACGCCUACUGAGUCCAAACAGGAGAGGAGUAAAAUGGUCGAGGAACAAGUGAUCAACAGACGACUGCAGCAGGAGCUGCUGGAGAGAGAAACUCAGCAAAUAAUGAAGGAUCACCAGAUCAACCCCGUGUCGUUGCGUUUCGUGGACGGGAAGUUGGAGGAGCACUACUCCUCAGAGAAGGAGAAGCGAAGCGGGGCGGCCUUCUGCUGCUGCAUCAUAGUGCUCUUCUACAUCACAGCGAUGGAGGUGUUCAUAGACCCACUGUUGUCUGUGAACUAUGUGACUCUCGCAAUAGGGGAGGUAUUGUUGCUUAUCCUCACAGUGUGCUCCCUGGCUGCCAUCUUCCCCAGGAUGUUCUCCAAGAGGUUGGUGUCUUUCUCCGUGUGGAUUGAUCGCACCCGGUGGGCCAGAAACACGUGGGCCAUGGCGGCUAUAUUUGUUCUUACCAUGGCUGUAAUCGCUGACAUGCUGAGCUGUGUUCCACCGUCCGUCCGAGUCUUCAACAGCACCACCGGCCCCGUGUUGGAGUCACUUGGUGACCGAGGCUGUGCGGAGAAUCCAAAGCACUACAGCUUCAUGGCUGUGAUGUCACUCAUUGCCACCGCCAUGUUGGUACAGGUCAGCCACCUGAUUAAACUGGGCCUCAUGGUGCUGGUCGUCACAGCAACUGGAGCUGUUAAUAUCUACAGCUGGCGAGACAUUUAUGACCUGUAUGACUAUAUACAGUUUGCAUUAUACAGAACAUCCAUAGUGCCAUCCAAGUACCUCAUGACCAUGAUGAUCAUUGUCAUGAUGAUUAGCUUCUACUUCUUUGCCCGCCAUUUGGAGCGUCAGUCCAGGAAGUUGUUCCUGUGGAAGAUGGGUGUGCACGACCAGAAGGAGAGGGUGUUUGAGAUGAGACGCUGGAACGAAGCGCUGGUCACCAAUAUGCUGCCGGAGCAUGUAGCCAAACACUUCCUGGGCUCUAAAAAGAGAGAUGAGGACCUGUACAGCCAGUCUUACAGUGAAACAGGCGUGAUGUUUGCUUCCAUCCCCAACUUCUCUGAUUUCUACACUGAAGAGAACAUCAACAACGGAGGCAUUGAGUGUCUCCGGAUUCUCAAUGAGAUAAUCUCCGACUUUGACAGCUUACUAGACAGGGACGACUUCCGCUUCAUCACUAAGAUCAAGACAAUAGGAAGCACCUACAUGGCCGCGUCAGGACUCACCCCAGAGAGUAACACCAACGAAUACAGCAACCGCAAGCCAGAAGACCAGUCACUGUUCGAGCGCUGGCAGCACCUCGCUGACCUGGCAGACUUUGCCUUGGCUAUGCAAGUCACCCUCAACAACCUCAACAAACAGUCCUUCAACAACUUCAUGCUCCGAAUCGGUGUGAAUAAGGGGGGAGUUUUGGCCGGAGUGAUCGGAGCUCGUAAACCUCACUAUGACAUCUGGGGCAACACUGUCAACGUAGCCAGCAGAAUGGAGUCCACCGGAGUGAUGGGAAACAUCCAGGUGGUGGAGGACUGCUAUGACAUACUGAAGGAGUAUGGCUUCCGCUUUAUCCGAAGAGGGCCCAUAUUUGUCAAAGGGAAAGGGGAGCUGCUAACCUUCUUCAUGAAAGGAAAAGACAAACCCAGUAGCAAUGGCGGUCCGGUGACCACUGCCCUUCCACACCAAGUUGGGGACCUUUGAAUAUUCUCACCUGAUGAAAAACCAUUAACAGAAGGAUGUCCAAUUUCUCUCAUAUACACAGGUUUACAUAGAUCUUUUUCAUAAGCUCUGUAGCAAUGUAAAGCAUAUGGAAGUAGACUAACACAACAAAAUAAUAACAUAAUGAGCAUUACAACUGUGAGAUACCAUUUCACCCGCAAGGGAAUUUAAUAACAGAAAUUCUGUAUAGUUGUAUAUAAUUCAGGAAUACAGUCGAUGAUCUCACAGAGCUCCUGCAUUAAAGAUUUUUAUCAUUUUGCACUUGAUUCAUAGAGUGCUAUGAGGAUUACAAGCUUGGAACAGACACAUAAAUUACUUUCCUUUGUUUAUUUCAGCUUGAGCUCAGGUUUUGUAAAAUAAUGUAGCUUAAUCACACUGUAUUUAUACUGUGUUAAUAAAACAUG